AUGGCGCUCUCACCAGUCGUAACGCACACCGUUGAAGCGGCGCAGCCGCAAAGCUUCGGGCGCGCAAUCUCUUCGCCUCUAAAGAACGUUACUUCGCAAACAUCUUCUUCCAAUGGAACACCUAUGCCUCCUGUCACUUCAGCGCCUGCGCCGACGAGUAUUCCCACGACUCUCGAUCUUGCAGAGCAGAUGAACGAUGAGGAGAAGCGCAAAUACGUCAAGGGCAAGAAGCUCGGUGAGGGUACAUACGCCGUUGUCUUCCUAGGCCACUUGCGCUCCAAGCCCACCACUCUCGUCGCCAUCAAGAAGAUCAAGGUCCAGAAGGAAUACGAUGAGGGCAUGGCCCCCGACGCCGUCCGCGAAUUGAAGCACCUCCAGGAGCUCUCCCACCCAAACAUCAUCUCUCUCCUUUCCGUAUUCUCGUCAAAAGAUCAGAACCUCAACCUUGUCCUCGAGUACCUUCCCCGUGGCGAUCUAGAAAUGCUUAUUCGCGAUACCGAAUCCGUGCGCUACGGUGCCGCUGACAUCAAGACAUGGAUGGGCAUGCUCACCCGUGCCGUUUGGUUCUGCCACGAGAAUUUUGUUCUCCAUCGUGAUAUCAAGCCAAACAACUUGUUGAUCGCUGAUGAUGGUGAAGUCAAGCUUGCUGAUUUUGGUCUUGCGCGAAGCUUCGCCGAUCCUCAUCAACUCAUGUCCUCACGCGUAAUCACUCGCUGGUACCGACCGCCUGAGCUUCUCUUCGACGCGAAGCACUACAGCGGUGCUGUUGAUGUCUGGUCUGUUGGCACUGUGUUCGCUGAACUCAUUAUGCGUGCGCCUUAUCUUCCCGGUAACACAGACCUUGACCAAGUUCGACUUGUCUGCGAACUUGUCGGUACGCCCACCGAUGAUAACUGGCCUGGUGUCACUAAACUUCCUGGCUAUGCUGUUCCUGGACAACACCCGGUCCGUGGUAAGGACUGGUAUGAGAUGCGCUUCGGUACUGUUGGUUCCGACGGUGUGGACCUGCUAAUGAAGACACUUAUUCUCGACCCCAAGAAGCGCAUCACUGCCCGUGGUAUGCUUGAGCAUCCUUGGUGGCAUUCUGAGCCUAAGCCUACCCGCAAGCAAGAUUUGCCUCGAAAGGGUGGCGCAGGGGCUGAUGACAAGAUGGGCGCUGAUCUAAAGCGAAGACCAGGCAUAUGGAGAGACGGGACGUAG